AUAAAGAACAUCAUUUUCGAAUAGAAACUAAAAUCUAGAGAUAAUUCACAUGAAAAUGAUGAUAAAAAUAAAUAUAUUAUAAUAUAAUGUAGUUCAGCAAAAACAUUUUUUGUUUUGUAUGGGAAAACAUUCUAGGUCUUAAACGUUUUUCUUUUUCUUGGUAGAAUGCAAAGUUUAAGGUAACCACUAAACCGCUAGUCUAGCUUUCAAUAAAGAUAUUUAAGCUAUGUAGUUAAUAAAUUUACAUAUUUAAAUUGAGCAAUUUAAAAAGUCCGAAACACAGGUUGACUUUUCCGAGAAUUCGCUUGAAAAUUCCAACUUGAAAAUUUGCCAUCAUAAAUUCCACUUUUAGCCCGAGAACAUUUUAAUCUUUAAUUAUAUUUUGUCAUUUUUUCUUGUCCUCCCGCUCCACAAUCUCCCCUUCUGGCUCCUGCUUCUGCUCCAAUUUGGGCUAAUUAUGUUGCUUGGACGGGUUGGAGUAGAUAUAGUGUCCUGUAUAUAAGUCUUGGUCUUGGCCAUUUAUUUCGUGCUGCAUAUUUUUAGGCGUUCCACUUGGCGGUUUUGCGGGUGAACGCGAUUUUGUUGUUGCUGUAAUUAUAAUAACAGCUUCUGGUGUUGUUGCUUUAAAACAUAUCUGCACCUGACUUGUUAGCUAUUUAUUCGUGUUUAUCCAACCAUUGUUGGCUUUAAAUAACAAAAAAAUGGCAUACAAGCGGAAAAAUUGAAUAUUUUUGUUAGCUGUCAAGUUUUGACAGGCCAUUUAUAUAUAUAAAUAUUUAUAAAUAUUUGUUAAUUGCCAGUGGUGUCGCUAGAUUUGUAGGCCAAUAAAUAAUAUUCAACAAAGAUGAAAAGUGGGUGCAUGCAUGUCGAGUUUUUAUGAAAAACUAAAGGAUGUAAUAAAGAAAGGGGUAUAAAUUAAUGCUUUUUUUUUUGUAAAUAUUUAAAUAUUAUGAAAAUGUUAUUUCCGAGAGUCUUUUAUAUGCAAGCAUUAUAUUGCGCUUUUGUUUCUAUUAAAUAAGCUUCUUACUUAUUCAAAACAAUGGAUUAAAUUUUACAUUGCGCUGCAAGCUUAAACGGUGAUAUGCGCAGUUCUGAUUUACCCAUUCCAUAAACUAUACUUCCAAAUUUUAGUUGCUUAUAAUAUCUCCCCUUAAUUGAUGACAAUAAUACAAAAAUAAUUUUGAACUGGAUAACCGAAUUGGCUAUAAAUUAGGACAUUAUCAAAUGAGGCCAUAACUUAGCAGCCUUGAUAUAUGAGUAAUUCUCCGUGCGCCGACCCCAAUUCUAAAAAUUCAGAAUCCUGCCAUAAACAGCACUAAACCAAUAUGUGAUAAUUGCAUCUGCUUGCUUGAAUUUAGUAUAGACAUUAUUUGAGUGAUACAUAUUUAAUAAUUUAACAUUGUUUUUAAUAACUUUUUUUUAAGUUAAGUUCAUAUGUUUAUAUAAAUUAUGAUUAGUCAUGUAAAGAUAAAUUUUUUUUUAAAUUUUAACGUGUAAAUCACUCUGCCACUUAGAGUUUCAUUCACCAACUCAAUUGCCUGGCAAGCGUUUUCCUGACUCUCUAAAUCAACCAAGGGGUUAAAGUGCAAUCGGGUACUGGAUUUUGAAUUUAUGUGGCAAGUCUUUCCUUCGCUUUUCCGUUUUUCCACGUUUUUCCCUCAUUGAGACCGAGAAAAGGCUGCUGUGUAAUUAAUCUUGUCCCAAAAUGGUUGAAAAUUUAUGUCUUUAACUUGACUGCAGUGCCGCUCCAUGUGAUGGAAGAAGCAAAUGGGGGGCAGCAGGUCCUUUAAUAGUUUUUGCCUUUAACUUUCGCGUUGUUUUCGUUCGCGUCGCGAUUAAAAGUGAUUAAUAGCCAACAUUUUAUUACCGCACAGAGGCAGCACUAAAACUGGGGAGCCCCCAAAACAACAACUUAAUGUCCAAACGAAAUAAGUGAAAUUUUCACACCGAAAUUAAUAAAGACAUUAGUGCGUGUGGGCGUGGCUCAUUUGGGGCAUUUAACGUUGGCAAAGAUGUGUGCCCUGGAUCCCUUUACCCAGCACCAGCUGCCGCGCCACCAUAAAACCGAGCACCACCAAUGCCACCAACAGCUGAGGGUGGAGCAACAGGCUCCGGGAACGAGGAAAUCGGCCACAGGAAGGACGACGGCCACGAGCUUGCAGAUCUGGUAUAUCCUACAUGUGAUACUAGUCCUAAUCGACAUUACCAGUUCGCUGACAAUGACCGAAGUGAAGAUACCCAAUCACAUAAUGCGCCUGAAGAGCGCCACCCUGGGUUGUCGUUACGCCCUCGACGGGGAGUCCUUGUACUCGGUGAAAUGGUAUAAGGACGGCAACGAGAUCUACCGCUAUCUGCCACGCAACAAGCCCCCCGGAGAGGUGUUCCCACUGCCGGGCGUCAACAUCGACCUGCGUAACUCCUCGGACACCCAGAUCCUCCUGCGCCGCGUUACUUUGCAGAGUUCCGGAGUAUAUCGGUGCGAGGUGUCCGGCGAGGCGCCCGCAUUCAACACCGUAUCCGAGUCGGAGACCAUGACCGUUGUGGUCACUCCCAACCACGGACCGAAGAUAACCGGUGGGCAGCCGCGCUACCAAAUUGGAGACACCGUCCGGGUAAAUUGCACCUCGUCGCCGUCCAAGCCCGUCUGUCACCUGAGCUGGCUAAUUAACGGGGAGCCGGUGCAGAAGACCCACCUGCGGCAGUACGACAAGGUGGUGGUCAAUCGGGAUGGACUGGAAAUGGCCCGUCUGGGAUUGGAGUUCCGGGUGAGGGCUUACCACUUCAAGCACGGCGACAUGAAGUUGAAGUGCGUGGCCAAGAUCAGUUCACUAUAUCUGCAGAGCAACGAGGAGAGUGUGGAAAGCGAUCGCCAGCAGCGGGCUCCGGCCUUGGAAUCUCGUGAGACGGUGGCGGCCAAGUCAAGCACGAUUGCCGCCGCCACUUCGAAACUUCCUUCUUGCCUAGUGGCAUUAUUGCCUCCACUUUUCCUGCUGCUGCUGUUUCAGGAUUGGACCUGGCCCCGAAAUAGUUAACUAU